UAUAGUUCAUUAGCAGCCCACUGGUCUCCAGAGAGAUACUUUCAUCACAUAAUGCUUUAUACUAUGCUAGGGAGCAGUGCUUACAGCUGUGUAAGCCAUUUAUUAUACCGGUCCUAAGCAUUGCUAGUGCUGGCUACACACGUAGUAUCGCUCUGGGCAUUGCUAGUGCUGGCUACACACGUAGUACCGCUCUGGGCAUUGGUAGUGCUGGCUACACACGUAGUACCGCUCUGGGCAUUGCUAGUGCUGGCUACACACGUAGUACCGCUCUGGGCAUUGGUAGUGCUGGCUACACACGUAGUACCGCUCUGGGCAUUGCUAGUGCUGGCUACACACGUAGUACCGCUCUGGGCAUUGCUAGUGCUGGCUACACACGUAGUACCGCUCUCAGCAAGAAUCCAGCGUGGUCUCCUGUACACCCGGAAGCUGGGGGCGGGGGGAGGAGGUGGGCGGAGACAUGGGUUAGGCUGCGCUCUCUGCGGCUGAGCUACGUAAUAGCUAUGCAUAUGAGGGACUGGCUGAGGUUCUGCUCGCACCGGUUCAGGCCGGUCCUCUCCUGCUGGAGUCUGCUUGUGAUUGACAGUUCCACACUUGUUUACCACACUGUGCGGCUGCCUCUCUCUCGCCUGCUCACUUUGCAGCACAUUGCUGAGCUGGCACAAAGGAAGAAAAUGACGAUAAUUCAGAAGAAGGACUAACCACUAUUCAUUCAGGAAGGCAUGAAUAUGCAUUUAGCUUUGAGCUUCCACAAAUACCACUUGCUACCUCAUUUGAAGGCAGACAUGGCAGUGUGCGCUACUGGGUGAAAGCGGAAUUGCACAGACCCUGGCUUCUACCAGUAAAAUUAAAGAAGGAAUUCACAGUCUUUGAACACAUAGAUAUCAACACUCCUUCAUUACUGGCUCCCCAAGCGGGCACAAAAGAAAAGACCCUGUGUUGCUGGUUAUGUACCUCAGGUCCAAUAUCCUUAAGUGCCAAAAUAGAAAGAAAGGGCUACACACCAGGUGAGUCAAUUCAGAUCUUCGCAGAGAUUGAGAAUUGUUCUUCUCGCAUGGUGGUACCAAAGGCAGCCCUUUAUCAAACUCAGACAUUUUAUGCCAAAGGAAAAAUGAAGGAAGUAAAGCAACUUGUUGCCAACUUGAGAGGAGAGUCCUUGUCGUCAGGGAAAACAGAGACUUGGAAUGGCAAGCUGCUGAAAAUUCCACCCAUUUCCCCUUCUAUCAUUGACUGUAGCAUAAUCCGUGUGGAAUAUUCUCUUAUGGUAUAUGUGGAUAUUCCAGGGGCUAUGGAUUUAUUCCUUAAUUUACCAUUGGUAAUUGGCACUAUCCCACUGCAUCCAUUUGGCAGCCGGACAUCCAGUGUGAGCAGCCAGUACAGCAUAAAUAAUUGGCUUGGUUUGACAUUGCCAGAAAGACCUGAAGCGCCUCCCAGCUAUGCAGAAGUUGUCACAGAAGAGCAAAGGCAGAAUCUGAUGUCUUCAAAUGCUUGUGACAAUUUUGAAUUGGCUCUUCAAGGACCACUAUUUGCAUACAUCCAAGAAUUUCGUUUUCUUCCCCCCCCACUAUAUUCAGAGGUUGAUCCUAAUCCAGAUCAGCCUACAGAAGAGCAUCCUUCCUGCCCAUCUCGCUGAGGGAUUCUUUUUCCUUACAGACAAGACUCUUAACUGCCUGUUAAGUUAUGGCAGUUAUGUUGGAGGCGCACUUUCAAAGGAAACUGCUUUUUCGAUUUGGAAGUGGCAGACUUAAUCAGCCUCUGGUCAUGGUUACAGCAUAUACUGCAUUAUAAGGUGUGUGUGCUGUAUACAUACGGUUGCUCUCCCACCGUCUUGUGGGCCGAGUCGAGAAGCUGCUGCAUUCGUAUGUGGUCAAGAGAUGAGGAUGCACAUCCUAGUAGUAACAAAGUGGAUCCGCUUCCUCCUUUACUUCUUUAAGAUUUGCACACUCAGUACGAAUUUAUAGCAGCUUGAUAUCACUACAGCUUUCAUUGUUUCCACCGGACACUCAGUCCUUCAGUUUGGCCGUGUUUGAUACACCCUGAAGUGAACGAAAGCUUUGAGAAACUGAAAACUUACAAAUGCACUAAGCUUUUUUUUUUUCUUUUUUUUUCUACCCCAUUAUUUUACCCACUUAUGAACAUGCACAGUAUUGUCCUCUCUGGCUGCCUUCUCAGCUUGGAUUCAGCAAUGGAUUCGUCUCUAAAAACAUCUAAUGCCUUCACACUAAUCCUUACUGCUGUAUGUUGUUUGGCAGCCCACUGUAGUAGAAUAGCAGCAAUUUCAAUGGGUUAUUAAUAUACAGACCUAAGGGACUGAAACUCUCAUCAAGAUUGUACAUCUAAAUUUCAGACUUGUUGCCUUUUUACUGUCGCCCCCAAGCAGAAUUUUGUUACAGACUUCCUACAAAUCACUUAAACUCAGGAGAACUCAUUACUUGCCAAACCUUGGAAUGCUAUUGGUGUUUUUAUGUUGCACUGUUCUAUGUUUUAUGGGUUGUAUGACUGUGUUGGCGGAUACCAUGUACCCUUCACAGGAAAAGUUUUUAAAAAAAAAAAAAAAGUUAUUUUGUUUAUAGUUUACUUACAUGAAAUUCACACUCUCUUAAAGAGGAAGCUUUUACUAAGCUUAACCAGGGCAUUAAUUUAUAUGGCACUGUAAAGUAAAGGCGAGUAGAACAUAUGCUGGGAUUCCCCUUACACAUGACAGUGUUAAGUAGGAACGUGGCAUUCCCUGUCCUAUAGGCCUAGACGUCCAGUUUGUGGCUGUUGAAACUCCCCCAUCUCUACCAUGGAGUUUAAAAAAAAAAAAAAAUAUAUAUAUAUAAUAUAGGGUGGGUGUGUGUGUUUACUCACCUGCUAAAGAUGCUGGACAGUACUGCUUUAGAUCAGAAAUGUUCAGACAACAGCACAAUAACAGCUGUAAAAUACAACUGGCAGCCCUUAUAUCGACAUUGAAGUUCAACAGCAGCCAUAAAGCCGCAGGUUGGAUGCCUACACUCUGUUUUAUCUGUAAGGGUGCUUCCAGGCACGGAACAAAAUCAAAUAAACCCUUGUGCGUUAGCUGACUAGUGAGGUUAGCAUGUAACAGGGUAACAUAGAAUCCACUGCAAUACUGUCAAGGUGUUCUUUAUGGAGAUAGCAGCAGCUAUUUGGCAUGAAGCAGACAGCAGAUGUCCAACCCAAGAGCUACUAGUUUCCCAAUAUGUUUAGAUUUGUCCUAGCACAAAGCUGAUGGAAUUUAGGCUAAUGCCACACGGGGCUGAUUUUUGGGCAAGAAUCGCCCCUAUGCUGGCACCAGCCUCCUACCUUGCUUACACCCAGAAGCAUGGUCUUGGCCCAGGUGCAGGCAGACGCGGCAGAUAUUGGCAAAAAAACACGAGUGUGCAUUUAACAGCCAAUAUCCACUGCGAGGAAGAACUGUUAUAGAUGCACAAGUAUAUAACAUUGAUACAAGUUGGACAGGACAUUUAGUUCCCUCCCCUAAUGUAACCCUUUACAUUGCUCUCUUUGUGGAUCACUAAGUAUAAACCUGCUUGUUUUGUGUCCCAUCCUUCCUUUCCACUGCCCCUGUUCUCCUGGCUGUAAGAUUGAAAUCUCUCUUGUUUCAAGAGCUCUCAACUUAAAUCAAAAAAUGUAUGCAUUUUUGUAAGUGUCCUUUUUUUAAGCUAAUUAAGUAAAUAAUUCCACAGUGAAAGCUUCCAGAGCGGAGAAAUGUAAGGUUUUAAUUAGUCACGUUUUAAGUGAUUCAGCAGAUAUUUGCUUUUUUUCCCCUGAAUUAUUGUUGGAUUUAAGAGGAAAUAAGAGCAGUUUGACUUUUGUACUGUGUAUUUGUUUCCUUCAUUGUUUUGUUGGUAAGCUGGUGCAUUUUUCACCAGAACUAGUCUUUCUUAAUGCAAAGCCCAGAGUCAGUUUCUUAAGGGAAAUUACAAUUUAUUUAUAAGUAGGGCUUAUAUUUGGUUUUCCUUAAAUAGGUUCAGGUAGCAAAAAUAAGGCAUGGCUUAGUGUGAGCACCAAAUCAUUUUACUCUGUGUAUUUGCAUUUACAGAGGAGGGGCAGCUGCUAUACAGCCCCCCCAGGCAGCAGCGGUCACAUAAUCCAUUUAUUUGUGACCAGUCUUGGUGCUGUUAGUAUUUAUAGGUAAUGCCUUAGUCAAAGCAAACAUCAUGGCAUUUCCAAUGCAGAGGAGAAAUGUGAAUGUUUUUUACCCUGCUGUUUAAGGGAAACUAAAUGCAAGAUAUGCCCUUCUUACAGAUAAUGUUUAUUUUUCCUAUAAGAGGGCUGGGAACAAUUAUUUUUUUUUUGUCUAUGAGGAGAUAGGCUGGGGUUAUAGAUGAAGAAAGGGGUUGACCAAUAAAUCCUAAUAGCCACUGCAAAUAUUUGUGACAUUUAGCAUUAUUAAAGCCACUGGCACUGUAUUGCAUGGAAAUGUGGUUAUAUAAAUAUGCUAACAAUUCUGCAAAGUUUGUGAAAGUAUUUUGCUUUUUUUUUUUUUUUAAUAUAUAGAGGCAUUAUUAUUAUUUUUUUUUUUUUUUUUUUAAUACUGGUCAUUUUCUUUUAUAAACCAGUUGUUGACAAACUUAGUCCAGUAUUGGAGAUGGCUUCCUAAUCGUACGUUAGGAACAGCGGAGUGAAAUCCAAAUGAUAGAGAAACAAAGUGCAAUAUUAAAUGUAUGUAUGCUUAUAGAUCUGAAUCUAUGGCUGUUUAUACAUUUAUUUUUCUUUUGUUUUGGUGCUGUACAUGUUAUUGUAGGCUCCAGUUUUAAACAAACUUUAUGUGGAAAAUGUUAUGUUUUCCUUUUUUUUUUUUUUGUUGCUCUUCCUUGUUAAAAAUAAAAAAAGUUCAUUUU